AUGCUGCGCCGGGCCGGGUACGUCACCGCGCCGCCCCCACGUGACCGGCACCGAAAAGGGCACAGGGCGGGACUGCCAUCCCGGGAACUUCCGGGUACCUUUCCUUCCACUUCCGGUGCCCCGCCCCGUCGGCCAUCGUCACUUCCUGUUUUCUUAAAUGGUCCAAUUGGGGCUUUGGGAGGCGGGGCGGAGCCCUCGGGCUGGCAGGGGGUUGGCUCCCCUGGGGGCGGGGCGCGGUUGCCGGGUGUCCGGGGUCGGAAAAGGGGCGUGGCGGCUCCGGUCUGCAAGUCCGGUGGGAGGCGCAGCGGGGCCAAGGCACGUCCCCGCCCCCAGCUCCUGGGCAGAGGCGCGGCCAGGGGGCUCCGCGCCACGCGCAGCUCUCAUUGGUCAGGGACCGCGGCCAAUGGGAGCUGCAGGGCCGGUGCCUGCGGGCGGGGCAGUGCCCAGAGCCCCCUGGCUGCACCUCCACGUUACGGCGGGGACGUGCCCUCUGCUUCCCGGAGCUGGUCGAGCAAGCUCAGAACAAGCCAAUCCCAUUUCAGAGGCACAGCCCCACCAACAACCAAGCCCAGAACAAGCCAAUUCCAUUUCAGAGGCACCGCCCUCUGCCAACAACCAAGCCCAGAACAAGCCAAUCGCCACCCCGCCAGCCAUCACCAUCCCUCUGGCCUCCCCGCCAGCCGUCACCCCUCCGGCCAACCUGUCAACGGCAGGACCAUAAUAUCCAAGUCAUGCACCUCUCCAGCGCCUGGGCUAUGGAGUUCCUGGCCGCCAGCAGGACUUUUUCCCCACACCGGGAUCUGCAGGAACCCCUUUGGCCUGGCGGAUCACAAAGAGCUGAGCCAGGAACUGAAGUGCAAACCACAGGAGAUCAGCGAGGUUGAGCAGAGGUGGGCAGCCGGAUCUCCGACACGUCUGUUUUCCUUCCUCCAGUGUUUGUCUUGCUUCCCAAGCAAAGUGUUACCUGGUUGCAUCUCCCUCCUGAAUCUCAGGUUAGGAAGGGCAUCAGCCAUCACUUACGUGCAGGUGCAGGUGCAGGCAGAUGGAGCAGCCUCACCUGCCCCCGAGCGUCUCGGCAAAAGUCACACACACUUACUCCCACCACCUGGGUAUUGGUGAACUGAGGUACACACAGUGUUCCUGCAAAACAAUAACACUCACAUAGACUCACGUACAACAUAAUAAGGGGAAAAACCCACUUCAUCACAGCAUGACACUUGGCCAGGCUGACGGUCCCAGGGUCUUCUGGAUGUUGCAGGGACCUCUGCGUACUUUGGCCAUGCUAAAUGGGAUCUGCAGAUUAGAGACAAUGUGUGAGAGACGCAGGAAGAUAUAAGGUACCGUCGGCUUCCUGUAGUUGCAGACCCUGGCUCAAUGUCUUAUUCGGGGCUGGGUGGAGCUGGGCACUGGGGUGUUAGUGGCAGCACUGAGGGGCCCCUUGCUGCCCCAUCAUGGCAUCUGUUCUCACCGUCCUCUUCCCUGCUGAGUAUUGGAGACAGCUAGGGCGUGAGUCCGGAGGGGUGGGGAGCGGAUCUGAGACCGGGAUGUGUGCCCACAGAGGGAAUCUGACACCAGGGCUUGUGUCGGGGGAGAUCUGAGGCCAGGUCAUGUGCCCAUGAGGGAUAUCUGAGACCAGGGCUUGUGUCCAUGGGGGUGUGUGAUGUUGCACUCAAUAUGUUUUAUGGAAAUAUGCUAAUGAGUGUGAAUAUGAUGUAACUGGAAUAUGCUUUAUGCAAAAGGUCUCUUAUAAGGUAUCGUCACAGAGGUUAUAACCUACUGAAUAUAUUCCUCCUAUUUGUAUGCAUGUAUUGUCCUUGGAUCUGAAGCUAGAAAUAUGAAGCAUAACUCAGAAUCCUAUUGUAAUUUUGCAAAGUGUGGCUUAGAAUCUUGAUGGCUCCCAUUGAUUAGGACAAUUGGUUGUGAAUGGGUUUAUUUACCUGCAAGCCUUCCUGUGUACGUGUGGGCCAGCCCAUGGGUAAUGAAGAAUGAGGUCUCACAGGGACAUAUGACCAUGUCACAUGAUACUGGAAUCCAUCUUAAAUCUGGUAUUUUUCCAUUUAGAAGGAGGGGUGGGGACCCAGAGAGACAAAAGAUUCCUGCCUUGUGCCAAAGCUAGAAAAGUGGAUGGAGCAGGACAGAGAGGGCAGCCAAUCAUGUGAAAACCCUUAGUUAACACCUAAGAUGUCUGCUGGAACUAACAAGGGCUGUACCAGGGGAAAGGAUUGGGCCAGGCUAGGAAGGAGUCUAGUCUGUGAAAGCAGCUUAUUGGAACAUCUCUGAGGGUGAGAUUUACCUGUAUUCAGUUUCUUAAUGUAUUAGGCUUAGACUUGUGUGUUUUUGUUUUAUUUUGCUUUGUGACUUACUUUGUUCUGUCUGUUAUUACUUGAAAGCACUUAAAUCCUACUUUUUAUACUUAAUAAAAUCACUUUUGUUUAUUAA